AUGGCCGAAAGCGAUGACGAACAAAUAACCCUCUCAUCCCACGCUCUCGCGGCGCUGCAGGAGUUCUACGGAGAGCGCGAUGCACACGUCGAUAAGUUUGAGAAACUAAAGACGGUGGCUGAGGACGAACGUGUUGCCUCGCAGCCGCUGUCUAUGGAUGCGUUUACUGAGGACUGGAAUAAGUCGCAGUUCUGGUACUCGGAUGAAACGGCUAUUCUGUAUGCGAAACAGCUUCUAGAUGGCAUACGCGAGGACGAGGUUGUCGCUGUGGUAUCGGUGCCUAGUGUGUUUAUUGCGCUGAAGAAUCUGUUGAACGCAGCAGACGCCAACACCCCCAAACCAAAAGUCGUCUUCCUCGAGCACGACCAGCGGUUCUCCGUCUUCCCAGAGUUUAUAUUCUACGACUUCCUGCACCCUAUCAAGCUUCCCGCGGAACUAAAAGGCGGCGUCGAUCGCAUCAUAUGCGACCCCCCUUUUCUCAGCGAGGACUGCCAGACGAAAAUGGCUCUAACCAUCCGCUGGAUGUCCCGCUCAACCCCGCGUCUCAUAAUCACCACGGGCGAGCGCAUGGAGACGCUGGUGACGAAGCUGUACCGGUCCCUCGGCGCGCAGACUACGACGUACGAGCCGGUGCAUACGCGCGGGCUUAGUAACGAGUUUUACUGCUAUGCUAACUUUGAGUGUCAUGCUUGGAGCUUCAAGGGCACGAAGUGA